AUGUUAGGCACAACUUUUCAACCAGCUAAUCCAAUUGAACUUCUAGCCACUUUUAAUGAAUUAACUCUCGUUAGGUGCGUUGCUACGUGCAAUCACAAUGUUCGAUGUCGCACAGUUGUCUACGACUCAAUAUCAAAACAUUGUCAAAUAUAUGAAGGUGAAGUUUCAACAGGUAGUAUUAUUCCAUCAAACUCAUUAACAUCAUUAGUCGGUGGUAUCAUUUAUUCUUCGAAUUUUUACACAUUAUACAAUAAAUCAAGUAGUCAGUGUCAAUAUGAUCGAUAUCUGAGCAUUGAUAUUCUUUUGAACUUGUGUGUAUGUCCCAUAAAUACCUUUUGGAAUGGGAUAAUUUGUUUAAAUCAACGUUACAUCGGCUCAUCAUGCAUCUCAAAUGAAUGGUGUCGUACCGAUUUAAAUCUUGUCUGUGAUGCAAAUCAACAUAUUUGUAGUCAGACUUCACAGAUAACAGCCAGUUCUUACCAAUCAGCCGUCACUUCAUUCAAUAAUUUAAUGACUUUUGACGUUUUGCCAACAACAGCAAGUAUGAUUCCAGUUAUUUCUACAGCAUCUACACGUAUUCCAUCGACCGUUUUGCCUACAACAACCAUGCAAAUAAGUUUCAACUACACAGAUGCGUAUCCUGCGCCAGUGGCAAGUCCAAAUGCAGCAGCCCAAUGUAAGUCAAAUCAAUAA